AUGUCCUCCUCCAAUUUAACUAACCAUACCACUGCACCCAUCACCAAAUCAGCCCAUACACCACCAAAUUUUGCAGCCACUCUACCCCCCACGAAACCAAACCAUGCACCACCCACUCAGGCAGCAACUGCAGCCACUUCUCAGCCCAACACCAAACCUGCCACCCCACCCACCACCCACUCAUCACAGCAAAAUUUUCAAGGCACUUCUUGGGCUGAUCGUAUCCGGGUUUCUGGUUCGAAGUCCCGAUUUAAUUUGGAACAAGUAGAUUGUACUAUCGAAGGUGAUGUACCCAAGCUUGUUAUUGAUGAUGCUCUAAUUGAUGAGAGUGCUACCCAAUGGACACGGUGUCUUGUUGGGUUCUUCCCAGGUUAUGUUAUGCCAUACCAAGCCAUCAAAUCCAUUGCCAUGCGAGCAUGGAAGUCUUAUGGCCUUGAGCACGUCAUGUCCUCUGAGGGGUUUACUAUUUUCAGAUUCAAUGAAGAAGAGGGUGUUCAUCGAGUGUUGGAAGAAGGCCCUUGGAUGUUUGGUGGAAAACAUAUUGUACUGCAACAAUGGCACGCCCACACCUCCUUUGACAUGAACAGAAUCUCAAAGGUUCCAGUAUGGGUUCGGUUGCAUGGAGUCCCCCUUCCUCUUUGGACUCAAAGAGGAUUGAGCACGGUCUCAAGUGUGGUUGGCCGACCACUCUCAUGUGACAAGCAAACAUAUGAAUGCACACGUCUCUCUUAUGCUCGUGUGUGUGUAGAACUGGAUGCAACGAGGGCACCAUUGCAGAAGUUUGAGAUACAGUGUUGUUUAUCAUCAGACCCUAUUGAAGUUAAAGUGGAGUAUGAGUGGAAACCGAAGAGAUGUGCUAAAUGUGGUCUAUUUGGCCAUAAUUGUCAACCAAAGGAGAAAGAGACCAAGCCCAAGGAGGAUGCACAAGCAGCUUCCUUUGGUCCCUCAGGCUCAACAAUAAGUGAAAAAGGGAAAGCUGUGGCAAUUGAAACUAGGGUGAUGGAUGAGGCUAAAGCAGAUUCUCAGGCCAUUGCAAGACAGGUUCAGGCACCAGAAAUAAAGGCAACUGGGAAGAAUAAGUCUUCAAAUCAAGGUGUAGAGAGGAGAGACGCCGAUGUGGGGCCAUUAGCUAUGGUUUUGGUGACCGACCAAACUCAGUGCACCUCUUCAGAUUUAGACACUGAUCCUGACAGCCCAAUAGCUAUAGAAGAGGAUCAGGAUGGUUUACUAGGCAUUGGUGAGUGCGUUUUGAACAGGUCAGCAUCUCUGUCAGAGUCACCUAACCGUUUUGCCGUAUUGGAUAGAAGUAAGAGCUUGGCCAUUACUUCAAAAGCAGUAGAUAGCAGUUCAAAGGCAGUUGUUCCACCACUUGUUACACCUCGUACAAGGGCAAGGAGCAAGAGGGGAGCCGGGCCUCGUGCUCGAAACUAA